CGCAGAAGCAAAGACAAAAUGGCUCUACGAUUGGUGUUGAACUGUCAGCGGAUUCCUUCCGUGUACCGGUAUGGCUCAAUAUUUCAUCAUCCACGGAAAAUACUAAGCAACGUUGGAAGUGACCGGCAGCUAACGAUACUGAGAUACACGAGAAAUGCGCGAAAUACACGGACGGAAUCAUUCGCACCAAAGCAAACGAUCGUACCAACGGAGGUGCAAGGGAUUGCGAUUGAAUCCGGUUAUAUAGAUCCAUCGAAAAUAUGGCGAUCAUUAUUGUUCACUGCCGCGUUCACCACGGGAAGCUUCAUCGGAGUUUCCAUCUGGGAGUACGAAACGAUACGCUCGCGGGCCAUGCAGGCACUGCGAAGUAAGCUGAGCGUCAAUUGGUUCAAGGACCGGAUGAAACAAAAUCGUCAGGAGAUGGAACAGUGGCGCAAAGAUUUGACCGGCUGGUGGAACAAACUGUCCCCCGGCGAGCGGAUAUUUGCACCGAUUUGUGCCCUAAACGUGAUCGUUUACGGUCUGUGGCGGAUACCGAGUCUUGCACCGACGAUGGUGAAAUAUUUCGCUUCAAAUCCUGCAGCAAAAGCGGUUUGUUGGCCAAUGUUCUUGUCCACCUUCAGUCAUUAUUCUUUGUUUCACAUAUUGGCAAACAUGUACGUGUUGCACAGCUUCUCACAUGCGGCCGUUGCCACGCUGGGCAGGGAACAGUUUCUGGGCGUUUAUCUGAGUGCCGGUGUGAUUGCCUCCUUUGCUAGCCAUGUCUUCAAAACGGUCGUACGGCAGCCGGGACUGUCGCUGGGUGCAUCCGGUGCAAUUAUGGGUAUUCUGGCGUACGUGUGCUCUCAGUAUCCGGACACGCAGCUUAGCAUACUGUUCCUGCCGAUGUACACAUUUUCUGCCGGAGCUGCGAUUAAAGUAAUUAUGGGCAUCGAUCUGGCGGGUGUUUUGCUGGGGUGGAGAAUUUUCGACCACGCCGCACAUCUGGGCGGUGCACUGUUUGGUCUUUUUUGGUGCUAUUUCGGUAGUCAGAACGUGUGGCCACUGAGGGAAUACUUUAUCGGCUAUUGGCACGAGAUGAGAGGACCGCCGAAGAAAUGACCCUUACUGCCAACACCGUCGGACAAAAGCGAUGUACGAAAAGACGAAUAAAAUUCGACACAUUUAUUGCUUCAU